AGUGCGGGCUUUGUCGUGAUUUUGUACCGCGCUCGUGCUGUCGUGGUGUGCUGUCCGUUUUGUGACAGCCGCCACUUCGGCUGAUCAGCAACCCGUAGACUAUACAAAAAUGACGAUUCCGGGGACUCGGGAAAUAUGAGCCAACCGGACAAGAAGCGGCCCAAUGAGGCCGAUGCGGGGGCCAGUGAGGCGCUGCUGUAUUCCCGGCUCUACCAGCAGGGCGCCCCGAAUGCCGCCAAACGGCCAAAACUGGCCAGUUCGUCGUCGUCCCUACCGAAGAGCAGCUCCGUCGGAGCUUCCGGACUCGCGGCGGCCAGCUCUUCCAGUAAGCCGGUCUACGGAGCACCACUCCCCGUCCCGCAUACCAGCUACCGACCCUUUGCCCUGCCCCCGGCUUCGGAGUACGAUGGCAAGGGCGGGAUCAAUGUCAUCUCCCGGAUAAAGAAGGCGGAGGAGAAGGCGGGAAGCCCAACCAAAUCACCAACUGCAGCAGCGUCGACGCAUCCUCUUGCGACAACGCAGCCACUGAAAGCAACGGUCAGUAUACAGGUAUGGUAAGCACUCCUGAACAAUGUUCAAAUGGCAGUAAUGGCUGAAGCGACAUGAAGGCGCGUUUUUGAUGGUAAGUAGUACACGCAUGGAUGGCUGUGUUGAAUUGAAAUUUUGUCGAUCCCCGCGGCACCAACGAAAAAAUCAUACAGGAAACUGCGACGUUGCCAGAGGAGACCACGAUGUCAAAGAGCAAGGUGGAUUUUAUGUCCAAGCCUGCUACCGCAACCCCAGACCAUGUGAUAAAUCCACGAGAUUUCGUGAACUUUAUCACCCAACACGAAUCCUUGUCGGAGGAGUUCUGCUACAUGGCAAGAACGGGGACGAAUGACUUCGAGGUAUAGAAGAUCGAAGCAUUUGAUGAGGAUAGAAAAAAAUGGUGUAGGUGUUUCUCAAAUGUCUUCUUCAUGCAGUAGUUGGAUUUAUUGCUCCACAUACGACAUUGACCGAAAAACAAAACCCUAUCAGAUAAUACCCUUCUCGCGCAUCGACCCGAAUGACUACAUGACGAUCUCCGCCCGCGGUGUCACGCACUUCUGUAAUGGAGAGCUGACUUUUUCGCGGCUGGAGGAUUGGGAGGUGGAGCAGGAUUUGCACUCGAAAAUUCUGAAAAUCCCAUUUUUCAAGAAGUACAGCCGGUGGAAGCUCUUUUCCGUGUGGAAGAAGGCCAUGAUGCGGCAGCGGGUCAAGAAGUGCAGUAAAACGCUCAACGCAAAUUUGUUCCUGCUAGACGCAACGCUGCGGACAAGUUUGCUGAACAUCAGAAAAAAGUACUUUGUCAUUUUUCGUAAGUGUGUUUUUCAUCGACUGUCUCUCUUCAAUUCACGUCCUUCUUCCGCAAAUCAAUUGGAUCACAGCUCGCAUGAAUUCAACCCAAAGAACGACGGAUACACAACUUCAGAUGUUCCGAGCUUGCCACCUGGAACAUCUUGGAAAUCCCGCUUCGGCAGACGUGGACCCUGGCGCAGUUUCAGCAGGCCCAGGAGGAGAGAAUCCAGGACAUUCUGCAGCAGCUGAAGCAGCUGUGGGAGGAGGUGAAGCAAGAAUUAGUCGAGUCGUGCCGCGUUUCUCUCGCAAAGUUUUUGGAGGCAAACGGAUUCGGCGAAACCGCGGAGGCUAGCGAGGAAACGCAGCUGGCGGAAACCAGCGGCGAUCUGGGCGCGAGUCAGAAAAAGAAGACGGUAACGUACACGGAGAGAGCGACGACGAGAACCCAGUGCCGCAAGUUGACGAAGUUUAUCCGGACCGCGCAGUAUUUGCUGAAUACCGGAAUUGUGGAGAUGAUCACGUUUUCCACGCAAAGGCUACUGCAGUUGUUAGAGCAUUUCCUGGCGAAGGCGAACGACACGGACGACGCUCCCGCCGCGACGAAAAAGAAGAAGGACGCCGGCAAAGUAUCCUGAGCAAAAAUGUACCCACCCCAGAGUUGUCAUGCAGAUUUGCAGCUACAGGAAGAUUUGUAAUGCGCAUCCACAUGAGAGGCAUUUCCAGUCGCGUUUUGCGCUUUGUAAUGCUGUCGACAAGAUGAGUGGAUGGAUUUGUGUUGCGGCUGUGUUUGCUAAACUGCACUACAAUACAGAGACGAACUUGUCAUGCUGGACCCCCAAAACUUCUCGAUUUGUGUUGCGAGAUCCCCAGCUUGGCUCUGGUGUGGGGACGGUUUUACAUAGGAUACAAGGCCCCCUACCCCGACAACGUCGCACCGACGUUCGUCGUCGAGUGCAAGCAGCGCCAGGGCGAGAUCGUGUUCAAACCGUCGGCCAGUAAGUUCCGCAGUUACUUAGAGCACGCGCUUUUCGAGGGGCUCAAGACCGUGACAAAAACCCCCGCCUUCGUCACGCUGCCGGAGCUUUCCACGUACACGAAAUCCAGCGGCGAGGCGGUCUCCGAGGCGCCGUCGCCCGACGACCAGAGCAACGCAGAGCUCCUGUCCGCACCGUCGGAACUUGCGCUGCUGAUCAUCAGCGACCCGGGCUUCAAGGACUUAUUGCUGUCGAUUGGGAAGAACUUCGACAGCCUUUUCGGCCUCGUCAUCGACUACGCCAGUAAGUACAAGGGCUUCGCGGAGAUGUUCGUGGAGAACGAAUUAUUGCAGGACUGCUCCGAGUAUCAAGUGUAAAAAUGUCUGGGUCUGGAAACUUGUGAUGCUGGGUGGCGUCUCAUGAUGAGGCCACAAAUGCUGGCUCAGCAUGACAAGUUUCUGAGCUUCUAGGUGUUGCCUAAUCUGCAUGACGAACUGCGUUUCUGCAUCACAGAAAAAUGGUGCUCUUGGGUAACGUGCAUGACAGACAAGCAUGACAAAGAUGCACUCUUCCAGACCCAGACAUUUUUACAUUUGAUACCGAGACCUUCGCGAACGCGACGCUGGACGAUCUCGUCGCCGCGUUGGACAAGUACAAGGCGCAGCAAGACGCGAUGCGGGCGAUUCAGCCGCUGAAGAACCUCUACCUCUUCGAGCUGGACAGCAGCCGGAUGCAGGAGAUGCUGCUGCCCUCCCCGCAGCGCUGCUGGGACCUGAUGUCCGCGUACAUCCCGAAACUCGCGCUGGAAAAGCAAAAGGUCAUCACCGUGGAGCUGCAGCAGGCCAACGAAAGGCUCGGGCAGACCGCGCGCGACGUGAGUGAGUACGUCGCGUACUCCGAGUACCUGAACGACUUCACGAAGCGGUUCAAGGGCCUGGAGGCGAACGCGGAAGAGGUGAUCAGGUUAACGGAUAUCAUCAAGACUUACAAAAUCAAGUUGGAGAAGAACGAGCGCGCGGCCUUCAACGAGAUGACGAACUAUUUGACCGUGUGCCAGGGCGCAAUCCAGAUCGGCACGGACCGGAUGGAGGUGGAGAUCGUGAAGUUCCAGGCGCAGUUAGAGGGUCUAAUUCCCCAGCUGUACACGGACGUUGGGAACCACGAGGCAAAAUUGAAGGACCCGAUGUUUGACAAGGUGGACCUGAUGGAAACCGAGGAGGGCCGAAAGCAGAUUCUCGAAUUCCUCGACGAGUGCGAGCAGGCGGUUUUGGAGUCGAUCGACCGAGGCGAGAAGUACAAGGUGUACCAAGAAAAGCUCGGCAUGGAGGUGGGCGCGUUCGAGAACUGCGACGACCUGAAGUUGGCGUUUAACGGGAAGGCCAAACUGUGGCGGGGGCUGGACAACUGGACGCAGCAGUCCGCGGGGUGGCAGGAGACCACGUUCACGAACGUGGAUGUGGAGCAGAUGAACAAGGACAUUGCGUUGUACUUGAAAACCGCAAACCAAUCUGCGAAGGCUAUGCCGAACAAUGCCGUGGCGCCCAAGUGGGCGGAGCAAAUUGCCGUCUUCAAAAACACCAUCCCAGUGGUGCAGUGCUUGAGAAACAAAGCGCUUCAAGAGCGGCACUGGCAGCAAAUCUCCGAGCUCAUUGGCGAAGUCGACAUGCAGGACGAAGGGGUGCGGUUUUUAUUUCUGUAUCUUGGUAGCAGAACAGAAACAAAUGUCUCAAUGAUCAUCCAAAAAGUUUCUUCUUUUUGACGAAACGAUUGUUCAAAAUCCUAUAACACAGUUCACGCUCGGCCGAUUGCUGGAGAUGAAGGUGGACGUGCACACCGAGGCGCUGCAGGUGAUCAGCGGGCAGGCUACGGCCGAGGUUGCGCUCAUCGAGAUGUUGGAUAAGGUGAAGAAAGUGUGGGAGGACUGCGAUUUGCCACUCGCCAGAUACAAGGACAGCAAGGAGGUGUUCAUCCUGGGCAAUGUGGAGGAGAUCAUCACCAAUUUGGAAGAUUCCAUGGUCAACGUCUCCACCAUCGCGGGCAGUCGGUUUGUCGGGCCCAUCCGCGAGGAGGUCGAGAAGUGGGCCUCGGAUUUGUUGGUGUUCCAGGAGACGCUCGACGAGUGGCUGAACUUGCAAAAGAACUGGAUGUACCUGGAGUCCAUUUUCGCGUCCGGCGACAUCAAAAAGCAGCUGCCCGCAGAAAGCACGAAAUUCACGGAAGUCGACACCGACUGGAAGAACACGAUGAAGGAGUGCUACGAGAACCCGAGCGCGAUCCUCUGCUGCACCAAGGAGGGAAGGUUGCAAACUUUUGUCCAGCACAACGAAACCCUGGAUCAGAUCCAGAAAUCACUGGAGGAGUACCUGCUGUCGAAGUGUCUCGCGUUCCCCCGGUUCUUUUUCCUCUCCAACGACGAUCUGCUCGCGAUUUUGUCGCAGGCGCGUGUCGUCCAGGCCGUGCAGCCGCACUUGAUCAAGUGCUUCGACGCACUGGUGCGGCUCGACUUUGCGCAGGGCGGCAAAUCCAACGAGAUUUUGGCCAUGUUCUCGCCGGAGAAGGAAAAAGUGCCGUUUUACAAAUCGAUGAAAGCGCGCGGAAACGUGGAGAAGUGGCUGGCCGAAGUGGAGGAGUCCAUGGUGAAAUCGGUGCACGCGGUGGUGAAACAGGGCUGGAAAGACUACAAGGAAAUCCCGCGAAAGCAGUGGGCCGCAAAGCAGUACGUACAGGUGUUGGCCUGCGUCGGCGCAAUCAUGUGGACCGCCGACGUGGGGGAGGUUUUGCUCUCCAACAUGGCCGCGGCAAAGAGCAGGGAGGAACCGAGAAGCGCCUCGAAAACGAAAGGUGAGCGGUUUUUUGAUGCUUCAGUAGAGAGGCAAGCAGGACCGGGUUUUGAAACUGGUCGAAUGAAUGAAUGCUAGGGAAGUACUUAAACACGCGGGGAAUAAACUGUUUUUCAUCAAAUCUGCGCCAGGUUCCAAGGAGCCCGUCCCGCUUUCCAUGACCCAGGCGUACGCCAAGCAGGUCCAGCAGCUUGAUGAGCUUAUCGAGCUGGUCCGGACGGACCUCACCGCGAACCAGCGUCGCGGUAUCACCUGUCUGGUCACCCAGGACGUGCACUUUCGCGAUAUUGUGGAAGAACUGGUGGAGGCGCGCGUGACCUCAACGAAUAGUUUCAAGUGGCAGCAGCAGCUGCGGUUCUACUGGGACACAGAAGUGGACGACUGCAUCGUGCGGCAGGUGGACGCGCGGAUCAUCUACGGCUACGAAUACAUGGGAGCGAUGAGCCGUCUGGUGAUCACGGGGCUGACAGAUCGCUGCUGGAUGACCAUCACCGGCGCGUUGCAUAUCUGUAUUGAAAGUUUUCGUGUUCAUUCUUUGCGUCUGAUGAAUGUCACUUUUGUCUGGGUUCGUGACACAUAAUCACAAAAAAAUCCUUGAGGUCUCGGUGCCGCUCCUGCAGGGCCGGCCGGAACGGGGAAGACGGAGUCAACGAAGGAUUUGGCGAAGGGUAUCGCGCGUCAGUGCGUGGUGUUCAACUGCUCCGAUCAGAUCGAUUACAAGAUGAUGGGAAAGCUGUAUUCCGGAAUCAUCGCCGCGGGGUCAUGGACCUGUCUGGAUGAGUUCAACCGUAUCUCCAUCGAGGUGCUUUCCGUGAUCGCCCAGCAAGUGCUGCAGAUCCGGAUGGCGCUGCUGGCUAAAGCACACGAAAUGGUCUUUGAGGGCAGGCAUCUGAGGUACUAGUUUUACUUGCUCCAGUGUCUUGUACGCAAUCUCUUUUUUGCUCGUGCCGUUCUAUCUCUGACCGUAGCUUGUGUACGCGUUGAUACUCCGUAUGCCUAUGCAUUGUUUUACGAGAAAGAAUAAGAAAGGUUGCCAAGGCAGCUCCCCCUCUGAAAAAUCCACAGGGUGAAGGGUACGUGCGGGAUUUUCAUCACGAUGAACCCGGGUUACGCGGGGCGUACCGAGCUCCCGGACAACCUGAAGGUGCUGUUCCGCCCGGUGGCGAUGAUGGUCCCCGACUACACUUUGAUCGCGGAGAUUAUGCUCUUCGCCGAGGGGUUCGGCACUGCGAAAAAGCUGUCCGGUAAGUUCACAAAACUGUUCAAACUCUCGUCCGAACAGCUGUCGAAGCAGGACCACUACGAUUUCGGUAUGCGGGCCGUGAAGUCCGUGCUGGUGAUGGCGGGUGGCUUGAAGCGACAAGAUCCAGACAUGGACGAAGAUAUUCUACUGGUCCGGGCGAUGCGCGACGCGAACGCACCGAAGUUUCUCGCGCAAGAUCUGCCUUUGUUCUUCGCCAUCGUCGGCGACUUGUUCCCGGGCCUCGAGAUUCCUUACCUGGACAUGGGCGACCUGAAGCGGUGCAUUGAAACGUCACUGCUGGAGAAGAAGAUGCAGCUGAACGAGAAGCAGAUCGGGAAGAUUAUCCAGGUUUUCGAGACCAUGAUGGUCCGAUUCGGGAUCUGCAUCGUCGGCCCCACCACCGGCGGGAAGUCCUGUGCUUUCGACACUCUCGCCCGCGCGCUCACCAUGCUCCGGGCGGAGGGCCACGCGGACGCGCGGUUCCAAACGGUCCGGUACGAGGUGCUGAACCCGAAAGCGAUCACCAUGGGCGAGCUCUACGGCGAGUUCAACGAGAUGACGCAAGAAUGGACGGAUGGCCUGGCGAGUUCCAUGAUCCGUGAGUUCCAGAUGGACGAGACACAGGACUACAAGUGGACCAUGUUCGACGGACCCAUCGACGCGAUCUGGAUCGAGUCCAUGAACACGGUGCUGGACGAUAACGUCACCCUGUGCCUCGCGAACGGCGAGCGCAUGAAACUGAACUUCACCAUGCGCAUGGCCUUCGAGGUGGAGGACUUGGCCGUCGCCAGUCCCGCGACGGUCUCCCGGUUGGGUGUCAUCUACGUCACGGAGUCCGAUCUGGGCUGGCGUCCAUACAUGAUGAGCUGGUAUAGGAUGUCGUAAUUUGUUGUAAGUAGAUGAAUCUCGUUUUGUAGUUGUCUUGCUGGGCUCGUGAGUUCCCCUCUUGAUUUCCCGCCGGUCUCACCAUCAUUGAUUUCAGAUGUAGUUACUUUCUACAAAAAAGUUUGAAAUGCAGUAAAUCCACUAAUUUGAUGACCUCCUGCCUCGACGCCAUUUUUUUCCACAGGCUCGAGGCCCUUCCAGAAAAGCCGUACACGGCGCCGUUGAAGGAGAAGAUCAACAUGAUGUUCGACAAGUUCGUCGACCGAGGCAUCAACUUCAUUCGAAAGGACCUGAAGGAGCCCAUUGUGACCAAAGACGCCCAGCUGGUCAUUUCUCUCUGCAGCAUGUUCGACGCCGUCUUCAACUGGAACGCCGCGACCGCCAACGGUUGCAGCAGUUCCGACGCGCUCCCCGAAGACGCACUGAACAGCGAGGAGGGCGCCUCGGUGGACGUGGAAGCGCUGCUGAAGAAGCCCGCGGACGUCAGAAACAUGCCCGAGGCGGAUUUUGAGAAGAUGCUGAUGCCGGUCUUCUGCUUCGCGUACCACUGGUCUCUGGGCAGCAGUCUGGAUACGAAGUCGCGGCAGGUCUUCGGGCAGCAGUGCGAAAAGUGGUUCGGCGACGUCUCCUUCCCCCGUGGCGGCGCGGGGUACGACGGGUACGUCGACCUCUCCGUCGGCCCGAAGUGGAAGGGCUGGACGGAGCUGGUGCCGAAAUUCAAGUUUGACGAAAACGUGUCCUACUUUCAACUUCUAGUGCCCAACGUCGACACAGUCCGGUUCGCGUACGCGACGGACAAACUCGUGUCCCACGGUAUUACAAUGAAAAAUGCCCCCACCCCGAACUUGGCAGCAUUUGUAUUGCAAACCUUUCCAAUGAAAACAUUCCCCGUCUUGCAUCUAUCAACAUCACAAUUUUGCCAUGCUGAAUAGCUCAAAUUUGUGUUGCAAAGGAUCCCAACAGCAGCCGGAUCUGUUAUGCAGAAGAUACCUUGCGCAUCUAGAUUCUGCAUCAGAAAGGCUCGUAGUCCUUUCGUGCAAUUCAAAAAGCUUUCAUUUCGAAACUUUGCAUGAGAAACUGUUGCAAAUUCCGUGGUGGGGGCAUUUUUCAUUGUAAUACACGGCGCGCCGGUGUACCUGACCGGGGUGACGGGCGUGGGGAAGUCGGUGGUGCUGUCGAAUCUUUUGGAAAACAUGAAACUCAUGGCCCGCACCAACCCGAUCUACAUGACUUUUUCCGCGCAGACCGGCGCGCUGUCGACGCAGAUGACGAUCGAAUCGAAACUGGAGAAGAAGAGGAAGAAUCUCCUGGGCGCGCCGUCGGGCCGCAAGGUCGCGAUCCUGAUCGACGACGUGAACAUGCCAAAGGUCGAGGAGUACGGCGCGCAGCCGCCGAUCGAGGUGAUCCGCCUGAUGCUGGACCGUUCGGGGUGCUACGACCGAAAAAAGCUGUUCUGGAAGAUGAUCGAAGACACCAGGUACCUCCUCUGCUCGGCCCCGCCCGGCGGUGGUCGUGCCAACAUGACGCCGCGACUGAGCCGGCACUACUGCAUUCUCUGCAUGCCGGCCACCUCCGAGGACGCCAUGAAACUCAUCUUCGACAGCAUCCUGGGUGGCUUUUUGGGAAAGUUCAAGCCCGACGUGCAAACGUUCUGUUCCAAGGCGGUCACCGGCGCGAUCGAGGUCUACACCCGGUGCGGGGAAGAACUUCUCCCCACCCCGUCCAGGUCGCACUACACCUUCAAUUUGCGGGACGUGUCCAAGGUCUUCCAAGGCGUCCUCAUGGUGCGACCCCAGCAGGCCUCCACGCCGGAGAAAUUCGUGAAGCUGUGGAUCCACGAGGUUUCCCGCGUGUUUGAGGACCGAUUGAUCUCGCAAGGGGACAAAGAUUGGCUGCGCGGCGUCCUCGCGGAAAUGACAAAGUCCACGUUCCGCGUAGACCUGGCGCGCGAACAGUGGGAGGGCAUGGUGUGGAUCAACUGCUUGCGGCCGGGGGCCGAGGAGAAGCUGUAUGAGGAGGCGACGGAUAUGGGGAAACUGGUGAAGAUCAUGGAAGACUACAACGACGACUACAAUUUGACCUACCCAACGCAAAUGAAUUUGGUCUUUUUCCGCGACUGCGUGUUUCACAUGUGCCGCACCGCGCGCGUCUUCUCGCAGCCCCGCGGCAACAGCUUGCUCGUCGGGGUCGGCGGUUCCGGUCGGUCGUCGUGCGCGCGACUGGCGUGCCAUUUGUCCGAAAUGUUGAAGUACGAGAUUGCGCUCGCCAAAGGGUACGGCGUGGACGCGUUUCACGAGGACGUGAAAAAUUUCUUGCGCCAAGCGGGCGGCGGGAAGGGCAGUCCGACCAUGUUCUUGUUCUCCGAUACGCAGAUCAUCACGGAGACCUUCAUCGAGGACAUCAACAACAUCCUGAACUCCGGGGAGGUGCCCAGUCUCUUCGCCAACGACGAGGUCGACGCUAUCGUGAACGACUUGCGGCCAGUCGCGAAGGAACAGGGCCGGAACGAAGCGAAAGACGCGGUCUACGCCUGGUUUGUGCAAAGGUGCCGGGAGGACUUGCACAUUGUGCUUGUCGUGUCGCCGGUAGGGGAAGCGCUCCGCGUCCGCAUGCGGAUGUUCCCCUCGCUAGUCAACUGCAUGACCAUCGACUGGUUCCUUCCCUGGCCGGAUGACGCGUUGAUCGCGGUGGCGCAGCGGUUCUUGUCCGGUUUGCAGGAUGUGGACGAGGAGAUGAGAAACAACUUGGCGCAAUCCUGUUGCGCGAUUCACCAAGAAAUUUUGAACACGUCGCAAAUCUUCCUCGCCCGGCUGAGGAGAAACGUGUACACCACGCCGAAAUCCUAUCUGGACCUGAUCCAGCUUUAUUUGGAGAUGUUGGACGAGAAGAAGAAGGAAAAAAACAUCAAUUUGAAACGUUUGUCCACCGGUGUGCAGAAGAUUCAGGACGCCAACGAGAUCGUCGCGAACCUGCAGGCGGAACUCACGGAGAAGCAGCCGUUUAUCGCGCAGAAAACGAAAGACGCGGAGGCGCUCAUCCCCGUCGUGAAGGACGAGCAGAAGAAGGCGGGGGUGAUCAAGGACCGAGUGGGCGCGGAAGAGGCGGUGGUGCGGAAAAAGGCGGACGAAGUGGGGCAGAUCAAGGCGGACGCGCAGCGGGAUCUGGACAUCGCGAUGCCGGCGCUGAACAACGCGGUUAAAGCCUUGAAUUCGUUGGAUAAGAAGGAUAUUCAAGAGAUCAAGUCCUUCGCGAAGCCGCCCUCCCUGGUGCAGGUGACCAUGGAGGCGGUGAAUUUGCUCCUCGGGGAAAAGAUGGACUGGGACGGGGCGAAGAUAUCGUAUUUAAAAACGUCCCCCCCACCCCAGAGUUGUCAUGCAAAUCUGCAUGCAAAAAAAGUUUGUCAUGCGACGCCCCAUGUUGAGAGCCAUUUUCUAUUCGUGUUUUGGAAUUUGUGAUGCUAGAAUCAGCAUGAUGUACUAGAUCUGUGAUGCUUCGGAACUAGCUAAACAGGAUUAUUACACUACGCGGGCAAACUUGUCAUGCGAAACAACCAGAGCUGGUUGAUUUGUCUAGCAGAUUCCCCAUCUUGACUCUGGUGUGUGGGCCCCGUUUUUUCUCAGGAUAGAAGAAAGUGUUAAACGACAGCGGCUUCAUCGAUCGGCUGAAAACUUUCGACAAGGACAACAUCGACCCGAAGAUUUUGAAAAAGUUGGAGAAGUACACGAGCAGGAGUGAUUACCAGCCAGACAUGGUGGAGAAGCAGUCGAAGGCCGCGAAGUCGCUGUGUAUGUGGACGCACGUAUCCUGAGUAAAAACGUACCCACACCAGAGUCAGGAUGGGGAUUUUGCAACACAAACCUAGGAGUUUUGUGAGUCACGCAUGACAAGUUGCGCUCUGCAGUGUAGUGCAGGUUAGCAAGUGCAGCCGCGUCACAGAUUCAUCUGCUCAUCCUGUUCACAGCAUCACAAAUUCCAAAACACGAUUGGAAAUGGCUCUCAUGGGGAUGCGCAUUACAAGUCUUCCUGUCUUUGCAAAUCUGCAUUACAACCCUGGUGUGGGGACGUUUUUACUCAGGAUAGCACGCGAUGGACAUCUACUCGAAAGUCGCCAAGGACGUGGAGCCGAAGCGGCAGAAAGUGAAGGAGAUGAGCGAGUUGUAUCAAAUGCAAAAAUGUCUGGGUCUGGAAACUUGUGAUGCUGAAUUGCGCAUGAUUGAAGCGCUUCCAAUGGCAGCCAAGCAUGACAAAUUUUUGAGAGGCCUGCUGAUGCCUAGCACGCAUUACAAAUUGCGUUUUUGCAUGACAAAGAAAGCCUCUGUUUUGCUGCUCAUGCAACACAGAUUCUCCGGGAAUGCAUGACACCCAUUACAAGUUCCACUUUUCCAGACCCAGACAUUUUUACAUUUGAUAAGUCGCUGGACAAAGCAAUGUCCGAUCUGAAGGAGAAGCAGGACGCGUUGCAGGAGAUUUUGGACAAGGUCGCCGGGUUGCAGAAGCAACUGGACGAUACGAUCGCCGAGAAGAACAGUUUGAUCGAGGAAGCGGCGCUGACCGAAUCGCGGUUGAAGCGUGCGGGAAUUCUGACCGUCGGACUGGCGGACGAGGGGGUCCGAUGGGCGGCGACGGUGGAAGUGAUCAAGCAGGAGAUCGUGUUUCUGACUGGGGACGUCUUCCUGUCCGCCGCGGCGAUUUCCUACUACGGUCCGUUUACCGGCGACUACCGGCAAGACAUUUGCACGAAUUGGACGGCGGCGACGAAGGCAAACAGUAUUCCGUGCGGGGAGGUAUUCGAUUUGAAGGAGAUCAUGGGCGACGCGGUGCAGAUCCGAAAUUGGAACCUGCAGGGGUUGCCCACCGACGCCGUGUCCGUGAACAACGCGAUUCUCGUCACCCGCGGGAAGCGGUGGCCGCUGAUGAUCGAUCCGCAGGCGCAGGCAAACAAGUGGAUCAAGAAGAAGGAGGGGAAAGAGCAGAAAGUGAUCAAAAUGACCCACCCGAAGAUGCUGCUGUUUUUAGAGAAUUGCAUCCGCAUGGGGCAGGCACUGAUGCUGGAGGAUUUGGGUGAGACGCUCGAUCCAGCUUUAGAGCCGAUUCUGCAGAAAGCGGUGACGGAAGUGAACGGGAGGAAAGUGAUCAAAAUCGGUGACAAUGAGGUGGACUACGACUUUAACUUCAAAUUGUAUUUGAUCACGAAGUUGGCCAACCCGCACUACUUCCCGGAAAUUUGCAUCAAGGUCACCAUCAUCAACUUCACCGUGACCAUGAGCGGGCUGCAGGAGCAGCUGCUGAACGUGACGGUGCAGAAAGAGAUUCCGGACAAAAUGGCGAUAGUGGAGGAGUUAGUGCUGCAAUUGGCGGAGGAUAACAGCAUCCUGCAAGAUUUGGAAAACGAGAUUUUGAGGUUGCUAUCUGAGUCUGAGGGCAACAUUCUAGAUGACGAAGUGCUCAUCUCGACCUUGCAAAAAUCAAAAAUCACGUCCGCAGAGGUGAACAUCCGCGUUGCGGAUGCAGAAAAGACGAAAAAGGAGAUCGACGAGGCGUGCACACUGUACACCAGCUUGCCAAAAGUCGGCGCCAUCCUCUACUUCGUCAUCGCGGAUUUGGCGAACAUCAAUCCAAUGUACUAAUAGUUGGCGUGGAAUCAACACACUGUGUGUCUCUUUUUGUAUUGGUUUCUGUCUUCAUUUUUUUCAUGUCUUGAACACUGCAUCAAAAAGCAAAGAAGAGCGUUCGUUUUGCGACACUGUGGGCAGUGCUGCAUGCGAAAUUCUCUACGGCAAUGGCAAUGCUCAGGUACCAGUUUUCGCUGUUCUACUUCAUGAAGCUGUAUGACAAGUGCUUCAAGACCGCGAAGAGACCGCCACUUACGCGAGGCCAGGACCCGCUGGCGACCAGACUGAAAUACGUCUACGAGGAGAUCCUCGGCAGCAUCUUCAUCAACGUGUGUCGCGGAUUGUUCGAGGACACGAAAUUGAUUUUCAGUUUCAUGAUUUUGUCCUCCAUCCAGCGGUCAGAACAGCAGUUGGUCUACCCACUGUGGAGCUUGCUCCUGCGAGGGAUCGGGCGCCUGGACUUGAGCAAGAAGCCACCAAACCCAGAUCCGGAGUUUUUGCAAGACAAGGACUGGGAGUACGUCUACGGCAUCCAGGAGCUGAGUGGUAAGUAGUGUGCGCAGGUGGGAGGUGCUCUUCUGACUCACUUGAACUGGGUGUUGCGGAUGCUUCUGGUAAUUUUAUGAAAGAAGUCAUAACUCGUGGUUACCCGCUUACUAAUUACGCACACAGGCGGCGCCUGCCACGAUUUGUGCCAGCACGUCGCGGACCAUAAAGAUGAGUGGAUGGAGUGGGCGGACGAUGACGAUCCGCACCUGAUUCCGUUACCGUGUGACUACGCCGAGACCCACGAGUUGCAGUACUUUCAUCAGAUGCUGCUGACCAAGGCGAUGCGAGCGGAGAAGGUACUUGAUCAUGUGCAUCGACGUCAGUUCUUGAUCACCCUUGAUAGUCAGCAUGAGAAGUUUUUUCAUCACAGAAAAACUGGUAUCGCCUCUGAGGUUGAUGAGUAUGAAAUGUGCUUCGAACAAAUCGCCAUCAAAUGAAAACAGCUUUCCCUCGCAAUCCAAGAGUACGUGAACUUCUCUCUUGGGGAAGGCUUCGUCGUGUUCCCUUCCGCAACCAUGGCAGAAGUCUACGCGGAUACCACGAAGGCAACGCCGGUUAUCUUCGUGCUCGUCACCGGUGCAGACCCCACUGGUAUGCUUCUCCGUUUCUGCGUCGAGAUGGGGAAGGACGAGACCCUCGGUGUGAUCUCGCUCGGGCAAGGGCAGGGUCCCAAGGCACAAAAGCUGAUCGAGAACGGGGCCAAGGACGGCAGCUGGGUGCUGCUCCAAAACUGCCAUCUGGCGGUGUCCUGGAUGCCGACACUGGAGAAACUGUGCGAAAAUCUGGAGGAGUCGAACACGAUUAACAAGGAGUUCCGCCUGUUCCUCACCUCCAUGCCCUCGGCGAACUUUCCGGUCCCGGUGUUGCAGAACGGCGUGAAGCUGACCAACGAACCACCGAAGGGGAUGCGGGCCAACAUCAAGCGGUCUUUAAUCACUCUCACCGAUGACGACUUGGGGAUGGAAUCCGGGAGCAAACCGCUCGCGUGGAGGAAGAUUCAGUUCUCACUCAAGAUGUUCCACGCAACCCUGCAAGAGAGGCGAAAGUUCGGGCCGCUCGGGUUCAAUAUCCGCUACGAGUUCAACGACAGCGAUCUGGAGUGCUCGACCGAGGUGGUGAAAAAUCUAUUGGAACUAGACGGCGACGUGCCGUGGGACACCAUCAACUUUGUGGUCGGGCAAAUCAACUAUGGAGGCCGCGUCACGGACGACAACGAUCGGAAGUGUUUGAUGGCGAUUCUGGCGAAUUUCAUGAACCCGAACUGUCUUUCGGACGACCCCAGGUACGCGUUCUCGUCCUCGGGAACGUACGCCAUCCCCGAUGGGGACCUGGGGAAAGUGGACACUUUUAUCAAAGGAAAAAAUCCUCCCUCCCCAUAUCGAAACGAAGUUUCUGAUGCUGGAGUUGCGUACACAAAUCCGGUCUGUCUUGCUGGAGAGGACUGCAGGCAUAUGCCAAGCCUGAGCCGAGAGGUUUUGACGUAGGCGACUAGCGUGGCAAAUGUCUACGCUGUAAGCCCAACAGCAUUACAAACCGCCUGCAUAAUGCGGCGGACUCUCUGGCUUUGCGUUCUUGCAAGAUAGACAGAACUUGUGGCCACAAAGCUGCAUCAGGUCAGGUCAGUCCAGCUUCGGGAAGGGUAUCCGGAGUUGGGUUAGCUUCGGCUUUCUCUUGUGUAUUCGAGGGCAGUGGUUGGCGGAGGUUGUUGGGAUGUUCCUAAACAGUCAUCCCAGAGCAUUUGUGUUCCUUUCUGACUUCCUCAUUUCCUGUGCAGUGUUUUACUGCAUUAUACGAGCGCCACCCUCGUUUCAUGUAUGACCUCCAGGGCUACGCGCGACCCCUCCGACGCUGCGCGUGGAAGGAGGAUGUUCGGCGUGUCGGGGGUGAGGGACCCCCGACGGCUGGCCUGCGGAUAUCGGGAGGAAAGCAGGCACAAAGCUGCAUCACAAAUUUUCAGACGGAUGCGCUUUCAAUAUGGGGAGGGGGGAGCUUUUCUUGCGAUAACUUUCCGGGCGUACGCGGAAAGACUACCACUCACAGAACAGCCAGAAGUCUUCGGGAUGCACGAAAAUGCGAACAUCAGCUUCCUACAGAUGGAGGUAUGAUCGAUAGGAUUGUUUUAUUUAGAGAUGAGAAGAGCAUCUUCGUCACGCUGCUACUGAUUCUGAUUUACUGCGCCAGUCUUGCGGGAUUUAGAUAGGUAGUGCGAUGAGUUGUAACAAAAGCCGUUGUUUAUGUUUUUGUUUUCGAUCGAAAGCCCAACGCAGAUCAGAGUCAGUCAAAGAAUGAUUGCACCCACCACAGGCCGAGAAGACGCUCAAUGUGAUCCUCGAAAUCCAGCCGCGAGAAGCAGGUGGUAGCGGCGGAAAAUCGCCUGAGGAGGUCGUGCAAGAAAUCGUGCAGGUAGCUUUCUCUUGUGAAAAUAGAAAAAAGACGCGGACAUCAAAUGAUCAGACAGUUGCACCUCCGCUUCGAGUACUUAUCAUGAUGAACACUUCAACUAUCAUCUUUCGGGUCUGAAACCGAAUGAGGAUACGUUACUUUACUUUCGUUCUGCUGACAGUCCAAGCCAGAAUCACAACGUCUAGCCGCGCACCCACUGCCACUAUGAUGAAUACUUCAACUAUCAUCUUUCGGGUCUGAAACCGAAUGAAGAUACGUUACUUUACUUUCGUUCUGCUGAUUCUAAACGAGCUUGCAUAGCUAAAACCAAUUAACACAAAAACAGGAUCAGAAAGGCCGCGUGCCAGAGAAGUUGACAGAAGAGGGCUGUCACCCAACGACCUUCGCGAAUCUGAUCAACAAGGACGGCGUAGAGGGCAUGACAAACCCUAUGGGCACAGGUACACAUGUGUAGAUUUCUCACGUGCUGUGCCGUGCUUCCUGCCGAAAAUCCGCAAAGAAACUAUUGACUCCGCUUCCGGCGGAGGCACGAAAAGUACGCAAUUUUUCCUAAUUCCGCAGGUUUGCGCCAGGAGAUGAUUCGCUUCAACAACUUGAUUGCGCAAGUGGGAAAGACGCUGGGCGAGCUGGAGAAGGCCAUCAAGGGUUUCGUCGUUAUGACCGCAGAUCUCGACGCCAUGUUCUCUAGCUUACAGAACAACCAAUCGCCCGCACUGUGGAUGAAGGUUUCCUACCCGAGUCUGAAGCCACUCAGCAGCUAGUACUGUCUUCCUUAUCGGGCUCUGCUGUGUUGCGCAUGUUCGCACUUCCUUGCGCGAUUCCCUGUUGCAUGCACGUGCGCGAUCCUUUUAGGAUUUUCGGUGUGCAAAUUGAAGUUGAUGUGAUGUCUGUCAUUAUAUAAAAUAUGAACGCACCACUAGAUCGAUCUCUGUUCUGAAACUAACCUGAUCGCACAACAGCUACGAAGACUUCAUUGACCGUGUGGCGUUCUUCGACGGGUGGGUGAAAAACAACGUACCGCCGUGCUACUGGCUUUCCGCCUUCUUUUUCCCGCAGGGGUACCUGACGUCGGUGCAGCAGAACUACUCGCGCACGAACGUGAUCCCGGUUGACAUUCUCUCCUUUGAGUUCCAGCCGAUUGAGUUUGACGAUCCCGCGACGUUUAUCGCCGCUCAGAAAGCGGACCCGGAGAACUACAAGUUCGAGGGUAUUAUCGCGUACGGGAUGUUCUUCGACGGGGCCAAGUGGGACAUGGAUAACAUGUGCUUAGCGGAUAUGGAUGUGUCAGGAUCGAAAUCGACAAAGUCGAAAAAUUUAUGAUGCAUAAAAUGUAGGGCACUGAAGGCCUGUAUUGGGGAGCACGCAAAUGAGACCGAUUGUAAUCCUGUUUAGGGGUAUCCAAUGUGCAGCCAGAGUAGCAUUACAGGAGGAGUCUUCUUUGCCCAAACAGCAUGACAGACUGGAUUUGGGUACUCCCGAAAUUUGUCAUGCGCCACUUGGAAACUGAGGCUCCAGCUGACAUCGAUUUUGUGCAUCAGAAAUGUUUCGAUUUUGUCAAUUUCGAUUCUGACGCUUCCAUAGCGGAGCAGGACUACGGGAUCAUGUACAACACGUGUCCCUUGAUCAAUUUCAUCCCCUCGAAAGACCACAAGAUGGAUCCAGACAAGUACCUGUGUCCCUUCUACAAAACCUCCAUCCGGGCGGGGACGUUAUCCACGACGGGUCACUCGACCAACUUCGUGUUGCCCAUCGAGAUGGACACGAUGGAGACGCCGAGCUUCUGGACUUUGAAGGGAACGGCGUUACUAUCCAUGUUGAAUGUGUAG